UUCAAUGAUUGUCAAAAUUUCAGGCAAUUUCCCAUACUUCUCAUAUUUAUUAGAAAUUAGCAAGAAAUUGGAAAUCGUAUAAAUAUUCAUAUUAAGAAACUGAGUGAAACUAUUAAAUGUGAAAUGAUCCUUAUUUAAAUAGUAAUAAUGUUGGUGUGUACACAGGCUUGUUUAUAAAACUACCAAAAUAUAAGUUUGACGUUUGGAUAACCUUAAUGGGAACCGUGAUAGAAAAAGAAAAUAACUUAUCAUUCUAACAAUUUGUCUCCCAAUAAAAAAAUUGAAGGGAUUAUUGACAUGCCUGAUCAUUUCAUUAAGGUUAAACCUCUUGAUUUUGAAUCGAGCAGCAGUUAUUAUAAUUCAAAGAAAGAAGAACGUCCAGGAAUCGGAUCAGGUUUAAAUAUAUCGAGUUCGAACAGCGAUAUUUGUAGAAUAUGUCACUGCGAAGCUGAUGUUGGAAACCCUUUACUUUCACCGUGCUAUUGUUCUGGUAGUUUAAAAUAUGUACACCAAUCUUGUUUACAACAAUGGUUAGCAGCAUCGGAUAUUCGCUCUUGUGAAUUGUGCAAAUUUAAUUUUAUUCUUCAUACAAAGAUUAAACCAAUAGGAGAAUGGAGAAGACUGGAAUUAUCAGGUGUUGAAAGAAGAAGACUACUAUGUGCCAUACUAUUUCAUUUUGUUGCUGCCAUAUGUGUUAUCUGGUCACUUUUUGUACUUAUUGACAGGGCAACAGAGGAAGUUCAAAAAGGGUUAAUUGCGUGGCCCUUCUGGACAAAGUUAGUUGUAGUGGCUGUGGGAUUUAGCGGUGGUGCUGUAUUUAUGUAUAUCCAGUGUCGACAAUAUUUACAAUUAUUUUCACGUUGGAAAGCACACAAUCGAAUUAUACUUGUUCAAAAUGCACCUGAAAAUGAAAAAGUUGCUCUGUCCUUGGUACAACCUGAUCAAAAUUUAGAACAAAUUAAUCUCUCUAGUGCAGACUAUCAUAGCACACAGACUGUUGCAAAUGUUGAAUGCCCCAAUCAGUAUCAUAAUGUGCCUCUGUCACACACUACAGAUUUAGAUUCUGCUGCCUUAGAAGAAGAUAAUUCACCAACUUAUAUGAGCACAAGUUCUGUUUUUCAAUUUUCUGAGGAGGUUCACACUCAACCAGGUUCUAGCAAAGAAACUCAUGCUGAUUCACGAAGUACUGGUGAAAGUUCUAUUGAUGCUCUUGAACUUAAUAUUCGAGAAGUAUUGGAUUUAGAUACAAACAUGAAUAAGGGCAGUAAUAGAGUUACCAAGCAAAAAAAUCACUCAAAAUCUAAGACCAAAUACAUAUUCAAAUCGUUACCUAAUCUUAGUGCCAGUAAUGAAAAUCUGCUUGUAUAAACAUUACAAACUAUUAAAAAAUUGCUGUGAUGUACAUAUUUUAUUUAUUUCAUUAUUCAUUACUUCAAGUUGGUGUGCUUUUAAUGUAGUUUGAAAUAAAGUCUUGUUUUUGGGAUUGGAAAAAAAUAAUCACCUAAAGGUGCUAUCAGAAAAGCUUCCAUCUGUUUCGAAAACAAAGAUUGAACCAAGUAAAUUAGCCAAGUGAAUUUAUCUUAAAAUAAAUCGUCCAUUUGUUUAUUUAUACAA